AUGCGACCAUCUCCACCGCCACUCUCACCAUCAGCUGCUGCUGCUGCUGCUGGUGUUUCUUCUGGUGCUGGUGCUGGUGCUGGUGCUGGUGGUGGUGGUGGUGACUGGUGCAUGAGCGGCAGGGAUGCUACUGCAGAAGCGUGUGGUAUUGGGGCUAGUCCCUUGCGCGGCCUUCCCCACACCCAUGCACAUGCACAUGCACAUGGAGGCGCAACUCAUGCAGCAGCAGCAGUAGCAGAAGCAGCUGGUGCAGCAGCAGGGGGAGCAGGGGAAACAGCAUUGUGGGGAGCAGGGGGGGAAACAACAUCAGCAGCAGCAGCAGCAGCAGCAGCAGCAGCGGCAGCAGCAGCAGCAGGAGGAGGAGGAGGAGCAGGAGCAGGGGCGAUGCAGCGGUUCCACCUGGGAGCCGUGGUGGGCGUGGGCAGUUACGGGAUGGUGUAUGAGUGUGUGGAGGAGGAUACAGGGAUAACCUAUGCCGUCAAAGUGCUGCGAGAGGCACCACUGCAUGCUCCUCCUUCUGCCAUCAGCAUGGGCAUGGGCAUGGGGAUGGCUGGCAGCUGCAGCAGCACCCACAGCAACAACCCCGCUCCCACCACCGCCCCCGCCACCGCCACCAGCAGCAGCACCGGCGGCAGCAGCACAGUUCUACGGGAGAAAGUCCGCCGAGAGGUGGAAUUCCUGCGCCUGCUGCAACCCCACCCACACAUUGUCCACCUGCACUGCGCGCACCAGGACCGCGCCGCCGCGUAUGUGUUCACAGAGUACUGUCUAGAAGGCGACCUGCACCACAAGAUCGCCACGCAGGGGCCGCUGCCUGAGCGGGAUGCGGCCGAGGUGUUUGCGCAGCUCGCGUCCGCGCUCGCGUUUUGCCACGCGCGCGGCGUGGCUCACCGGGAUGUGAAGCUGGAGAAUGUGCUUGUCGCCAGGUGCCCUGCUGAGUUCUCCAUGUUUGCUGCUGCUUCGCCUCUUGCUUCUGGAGGAGGAGGGGAAGGAGGUGGAGAGAUGGGCAGCAAACGUGCUUCUUCCGGUGCUUCCCCUGACAGUGCUGCUGCCGCUGCUUCUACUGCUUCUGCUGCUUCUUCUGCUAGUGCUGCUGCUGCUGCUGGUGCUUCUGCUGCUGCUGGUGAUGGCACUCUCGCUGUAUACUCUCCUCCCACUGCUGCCGACCCCAGCAGCACCUGUGCUGCUGCUGCUGCUGCUAAUCUGGCCGGCACAGCAGCCUGGGAAAAACGCUCCUGCUCCACACCCACUCACCGGUCAGCCUGGAACGAGCUGGAGGCUGCUGUGAGGCAUAGGGGGGCAUCGGGGCAUGGUGGCAGUGAGUGGGAGAUGGCAGGGGAGGCGCAGGGCAGCAAGCCGUACAUGGCACCAGAGGAAAUUACCAGGCCCCCUGUGUCGAAUGUGCAUGGUCAGCAGCAGCAGCAGCAGCAGCAGCAGCAGCAGCAGCAGCAGCAGCAGCAGCAGCAGCAGCAGCAGCAGCAGCAGCAGCAGCAGCAGCAGCAGCAGCAGCAGCAGCAGCAGCAGCAGCAGCAGCAGCAACAGCAGCAGCAACAGCAGCAACAGCAGCAGCAGCAGCAAAAGCUGCUGCUGCGCCUGCUUGUGCUGAGCCCUGGGGAUAGAGGUGCUGCGUGCGAUGUGCUUGAUGACCCGUGGCUCGUGCAGCAUGGUGUGGGGGUUGUGCGCAGGUGGAGGGUUUCUGGUGGUGCUGGCAGGGGUGGAGGGGAGGGAGUGGAAGGGGAACUGGGUGGGUUGGUGUUGGAAGGUGGAGGUGGGUGA